AUGGAAGCUCCUGUCGAGACGACGGCGCCGACGCGUCCUGCGGUGGAGACACCAGCACCGAUCGCGGCGGCAGAGGUGACCGCCGGACCGGCGGUGGCGUCGGCUACCCCGCAACCAAACGCGAGUGCCGUGACUCCAACACCGACUGUGCGGGUCACUGCCGGGCGGACACCGGCCCCGACCACAGCAGCGACAGCGGUAACGAUCGCACCGAUCACCCCUACACCGACGGCGCCGGGAGCAACGCCGACGCCAGCUGCGCAGGAAACCCCCGUCCCGGGGACCGCGGCGGCGGCGGCCACUAGAACGCCGGCGGUGGUCCAACCGACGACCGCCAUGAGCCCGGCUCCUCAGGCCACAGGAGGAGAAUUUUCAUCAGAGAGCCCUGUCGAGAGCACGCCGGCGCCGACGGCAGCGCCGGCGGGGGCGGGGGGAGAGGUGUACCCCUCCGAUGCCGGCACAACGCCCACCUCACCCUCUCCCGGCGAAGACGGCGACGCUUCUGCCGAUGGGGGGGACGCCAGCGGUGACGGCGACGAGGAUUUCGUGUUUGGCACCGGGCUCAGCGACAACGAGAAGCGGGACAUCAUCCUGGGCACGAGCAUCAUCGGCGGGAUGGCCGUGGCCCUGGUGUUCGGGGCGUGCUUCGUGGCCAGGUACAACGCGAGGAUGGCACGGCUGGACGAUGAAGACGACGACGACGACGUGGACGUGACGAGGCGCGGAGAGAGGAGGAUCGCGAUGAGGAAAGGGUUCGCGAGUUACCGGCUGUCGCGCGUGGGGGACACGCAGGCGUAA